UUGCCCAGCGCGCACUCGAUGGGCAGCCCAAUCUCACCCCGAGAAGCGUCACGGAUCGUCGCGUGUUGGAGCAGGUCAGGUCGCCCGCUCAACUCGAGGAGCGCUACAAGUUCUGUACCAACCCGAAGUGCACCAAGAGCAAGACCGGGUGGACGGGCUGUUUCUGCCCCCCUGAGACGCGUGGGGAACUCAUGGUCGAACCGGGCGAGCUGGCUCGUGCCUUCCAAGUCGCGCACGAGGACCUCACUGCGAGGGAGGCCUCUUGUCCCAACCCUGAGUGCGCCUACAGGGGCGGCAGACUCUACUGCGAGUGUCCUCCCGAGCGUCGUGAGGCCAAAGCUCCCGUAGGAGAGGAGGAACCGGUCAAGCGCACCUUCGAAGCCGUGGAGCGUUCCGACCGGGCGGAGCGCGACGAAGGAGGCGAGCCCGACCUCACUCAAGACUUCUUUCCCAUGCACGACCCUCCUCCCACGUAUGACCCUAACAAGCCCACGCCCAUGCCCACUCCCACGCCUACGCCCAAGCCCGACCCCAAGGAGAAGGCGUGUGUGAAUCAGCACUGCACGCCCAAGGACUGGGGCUUGUUCUGCGUGUGCCUCGACGCUCCCGGCAGGCGAGGUCUUGAGGAUGAUAGGUGGCUCAUCCAGUCGGACUCGGCCGCGAUGGAGCGCGAGGGGGGCGACCCCGACGACCCCAAGCACGAUCCGAAGCAAGACCCUCCUUCAGGCUGGAAGGACCCGGGCAAGACGCCGCCCAAACCAAACAAGUGCGCCCAUCCGACGUGCACCAAAUUGACGCCUUACACCACCCUCUGUACCUGCCCGUCCUCUGAGAGGCGAGGCCUCGAGGAGGGGAAAGGGUGGAGCUUCCAGUGGGACUCGGUCGCCGUGAGUGGGCGCGAGCGCGAUUCGCGAGGUGGAAGAGCGUAGCGCUGAUGCUGAUCUUGGACUCCUUGACACUGCCGCAGCGCACCUUGACUGCCUUCGCCGAGGCGGCUUAGCUGCUCGUCGCCGAGAUGCGCGUAUUGGCUGCUUAUCUUGCGAAUCAAGCGCACCGUAUCCUCUCUUUGUCAAAUAUUCUUCCCUUACACCGAUUCACGACCCCAACCCUUUUUGCGAAAUAUCGAAUCACUUUCCCUCCCUGCGUUGACCAGCAGCUCGUCCGUCCUCGCACGCUCUCAACCGUAUCGCGCUCAGUCUCGCAUCGCUCGCUCACUCACU